AUGCGAGACAGGAGGGUCAUGACACGAAAGCUGCUAGAAUGCAGUUUCAGUGACAAGCUGUGUGUUGUCCAAGAGGGGCAGUAUGAAGUGAUCAUCAUCCCAGCUCUCUUUGUUGGUGCCUUCCUCAUCCUCCUUGGAGUCAUCCUGUGGCUUUUUAUCAGAGGACAAAGAGCCCAACAGCAGCGCCCUGGACUCCAAGGCAUUGCCCCUGUGCAAUCAUCCAGGGCCCUAAGCUGGGAAGAAACUGGGCAAGGAGGAAAUGUGUGUGUGCCUCUUAAAGAGACUUCAGUGGAGAGCUUUCUACGAGCUAGAGCACCUGUCCUGGCUAAGUUGCAGGUGCCCCGGGAGCAACUCUCUGAAGUUCUGGAGCAGAUCUACAAUGGUAGUUGUGGGCCCAUCUAUCGAGCCAAGAGGAACAGUGGGGACUCUUCUGCUAAACCCAAGAGUGUUGUCCUCAAAGCCUUGAAAGAGUCAGCUGGGCUCCACGAGGUGCAGAAUUUCUUAGGACAAAUUCAAUUCUAUCAGUACCUGGGGAAACACAAGAACCUGGUGCAACUUGAAGGCUGCUGCACAGAGAGGCUGCCACUGUAUAUGGUGUUGGAGGAUGUAGCCCAGGGGGACCUGCUCAGCUUUCUUUGGACCUGUCGCCGGGAUGUGAUGACCAUGGAUGGCCUUCUCUAUGAUAUCACAGAAAAACAAGUGUACCACAUUGGAAAGCAGGUCCUUUUGGCUCUGGAAUUCCUGGAGGAUAAGCACCUGUUCCAUGGGGAUGUGGCAGCCAGGAAUAUCCUGAUCCAAAGUGAUCUAACUGCUAAGCUCUGUGGGCUGGGCUUGGCUUACGAAGUCCACACCCAAGGGGUCAUCUCCUCCGCUCGGACCAUACCUCUCAAGUGGCUCUCCCCAGAACGACUUCUCCUGAGACCUGCCGGCGUCAGAGCAGACAUUUGGUCUUUUGGGAUCCUGCUAUAUGAGAUGGUGACUCUAGGAGCACCGCCAUAUCCUGAAGUCCCUCCCACCAGCAUCCUGCAAUAUCUGCAGAGAAGGAAAAUCAUGAAGAGACCCAGCAGCUGCAAACACACCAUGUAUAAUAUUAUGAAGUCCUGCUGGCGCUGGAGUGAGGACAGCCGCCCUCUGCCUAGAGAGCUGCGCGUGCGCCUCGAAGCUGCUGCUAGAACUGCAGAUGACAAGGCUGUGUUGCAAGUGCCGGAGUUGGUGGUGCCUGAACUGUAUGCAGCCGUGGCCGGCAUCAGUGUAGACAGCCUCUCCUACAGCUACAGCAUCCUUUGA